UCUCCUGUUCAGAGAAAUGAGCUGAUCAAUAAUACAUCAGUGUAUCUCCAUAGAAACAGACUCCAUGUCCCAGAAUGCCCUGCGGCUCCGUGGUCCAGGUGGGAGUGUUCAAUCAGAUGGAGAGACAGACGGUGAUCUAUCGGAGACCUGGUCCACAUCUACCGGAGACCUGGUCCAUUAACGGCGGUGCUUUGCCAUUGUUCUGCCCGCUGGAUGAGCGAAUGAAGGCGGCCUGACACUGCGUGUCUCCCGGUGUGUAUCAUCUGUCGGUAGUGUUAUCUCCUGUGCGGUGUCGGUGAUGAUGGACGCGGCGGAGUGCGGGGUGUGCGGGGUGAAGGUGAUGUGUCGCUUCAGGCCGCUGAACGACGCGGAGCGGAGCCGCGGAGACAAAUACACCGAAUUUAACGGAGAGGACUCUGUGGUGGUGGCGGGGAAGCCGUACGUGUUUGACCGAGUCCUCGCUCCAAACACUGAACAGGUUCAGGUGUACGACACCUGUGCCAGGCAGAUCGUUAAAGAUGUGCUGGGAGGAUAUAACGGGACAAUCUUUGCUUACGGGCAGACGUCCUCAGGAAAGACUCACACCAUGGAGGGGAAUCUGCACGACCCUUGUUUGAUGGGAAUCAUCCCUCGUAUCGCCAGAGACAUCUUCGACCACAUCUACUCCAUGGACGAAAACCUGGAGUUUCACAUCAAGGUCUCAUAUUUUGAAAUCUAUCUGGAUAAAAUCAGAGACUUACUGGAUGUUUCAAAGACAAACCUGGCUGUUCACGAGGACAAAAACAGGGUUCCCUUUGUGAAGGGCUGCACGGAGCGUUUUGUUUCUAGUCCCAAUGAGGUGAUGGAUGUCGUCGACGAGGGAAAGGCAAACAGACACGUCGCCGUCACCAACAUGAACGAGCACAGCUCUCGCAGUCACAGUAUUUUUCAGAUCAACAUCAAGCAGGAGAACGUGGAGACAGAGCUAAAACUGUCUGGGAAACUUUACCUGGUCGACCUGGCAGGCAGCGAGAAGGUGAGUAAAACGGGGGCAGAAGGUGCCGUGUUGGACGAAGCCAAGAACAUCAACAAGUCUCUUUCUGCUCUCGGGAACGUGAUCGCUGCUCUGAGUGAAGGAACAAAAACCCACGUCCCAUACAGAGACAGUAAGAUGACUCGGAUCCUGCAGGAUUCUCUGGGAGGAAACUGUCGAACCACCAUCAUCAUCUGCUGCUCACCUUCAGUGUACAACGAGGCUGAAACCAAGUCCACCCUCAUGUUCGGACAGAGAGCUAAAACCAUAAAGAACACCGUGUCUGUGAACCUGGAGCUGACUGCUGAGGAGUGGAAGAAGAAGUACGAGAAGGAGAAAGAGAAGAGCAGGAGUCUGAACAUCAUGAUACAGAAACUGGAGAACGAGCUGAAACGCUGGAGGAAAGGUGAGUCUGUACCUGUAGGGGAGCAGCUGAGCAGCAGAAACACAAAAAGUAGCAGUGAGACGACAGCAGUGAUUGACAGCUUGGCCCCGCCCCCUGUCCCUCUGUCAGACGAACAGAAGACGCAGUACGAGACACUCAUCACCGACCUGUACCAGCAGCUAGAUGACAAGGAUGAUGAGAUCAACCAUCACAGUCAGACGGCGGAGAAACUCAAACAGCAGCUGAUUGAUCAGGACGAGCUGUUGUUGUCGAGCCACCAGGACUAUGAGCGUGUGCAGGAGGAGGUGUCACGGCUGCACAGGGACAGUGACUCGUCCAAAGACGAGGUAAAGGAGGUGCUACAGGCGCUGGAGGAGCUUGCUGUCAACUAUGACCACAAGAGCCAAGAGGUGGAGACCAAGAACCGCUGUAACGAACAGCUGAACGAGGAGCUUGCACACAAAACUGUGAGUCUGGGGGCGGUUCAGAGGGAGUUGUCCACCCUGCAGGAGGUGAGUUCUCAUCAUAAGAAAAGGUCAACAGAGAUCAUCAGCCUGUUGCUCAGAGACCUCAGUGACAUUGGCAGCGUCCUUGGCACCACAGACCUCAAAGCUAUGACGGAGACGAGUGGAGUGAUGGAGGAGGAGUUCACCACAGCUCGUCUCUACAUCAGUAAAAUGAAGUCUGAGGUCAAAUCUCUGGUGAACCGCAGCAAACAGCUGGAGGUCAGCCUAACGGAGAACUUCUGCAGGAUGGAGGCCAACGAGAAAGAGCUGAACAGCUGCCAGCUGCUCGUCUCGCAGCUCCAGGCAAAGGUGAUGUCUCUGACAGACGCCCUGCAGACGUUGGAGCAGAAGAAAAGGAAGCUGGAGGAGAGUCAGGACGCUCUGAUGGAGGAGGCAGCCAAACUGCACGCUCAAGGUCAGAUGCAGCAGGUGACGGUGUUGGACAAAGAGAAGGAGCACCUCAGUCGGCUGCAGGAUGCUGUUGAGAUGAAGAGGACUGUGGAGGAGCAGAUGGAGAAUCACAGAGAAGUUCAUCACAAACAGCUGAGCCGCCUCCGAGACGAGAUCGAGCAGAAACAGAGAGACGUGGACCGACUCAAAGAUGUGCAUCAGGCUGUGCAGCUGGAGAACAGGAAACUCCAGUCUGACUUUGACAAACUUAAAGCUGAGGAUCACAACAAAGACCAGAAACUACAGAAACUGCUGUUCCUAAACGAGAAGAGAGAACAAGCUAAAGAGGACCUGAAGGGUUUGGAGGAGACGGUGGCCAAAGAGCUGCAGACGCUGAACAACCUCCGAAGAAAUUUCAUCCAGGACCUUGGCACUCGAGUCAAGAAUAGUUUAGAGAGCGACAAUGACGAGGCCGGCGGCAGCCUGGCUCAGAGGCAGAGGAUCAUCUUCUUAGAAAACAACCUGGAGCAGCUCAGCAAGGUCCAUAAACAGCUGGUGCGGGACAACGCUGACCUUCGCUGUGAGCUCCCCAAGCUGGAGAAGCGUCUGCGGGCCACAGCAGAACGAGUGAAAGCUCUCGAAGCUGCCCUGAGGGACGCCAAAGGGUCGGCCGUUAGGGACCGCAAACGCUACCAACAGGAAGUGGACCGCAUCAAAGAGGCAGUUCUCUCCAAGAACGUCUCCAGGAGAGGACACUCUGCUCAGAUAGCCAAGCCAAUCAGAGCUGGGCAUCAGCACUCGUCCUCACCCUCCAUCAGACCGACCGUCCGAGGGGGGGGGGCGGCGGCGUCCAGUCCACGCCAUCACUCUCCCCGACAGCAGCAACCCCAUCACAGCCACAGCAAGUAGACUACAGGCGGCAGCAGCAGCUCCGGCUCUUUUCCUUUCUGUGGAUGUUUCUCACCACUCGGCCUUUACUGGAACCAGACUCUUCGUUUCCAUAACUUUCCACCUUAACUGCCAUCAAGUGCUAAUUUACUGUCUUUCGCUCCGAGUCUGUUGGUGGUCAAAUAACAAGUUCAUAAUCAGUUUAAUGUGUUAAAUGAGGACUUUAUUGUGAUAAAUAGGGAGUUUAAUAAUGAGAGAAAUAUCAAAUUCAUUAAGUUAUUUUAGGGUUUCUAUCUGCAGUUCGCAGGAGUUGGACAUUAACAGACUUUAAUGUAGACUGAGUUUGUCUUUCUGUUCCUCCAUGUGUUGUUAUGGAAGAUCAAAAAGUGAAUGAAAGGUUUGUGAUAGAAAUAAAAGUACUGAAGGGAAAUUAGGAGACACUGAGCUUUUUAGGCCAAAAUCUCAGAACAGUCAACAUUUUAAUGUGACUCAAUUUUCAUUUAAAAAGUCAUAAUUAAGAUUUAAUAUCUCACUAUUAUUAAUAAGUAAUUUCGAGGUGAAAGUGUUGACUUAGUUCUGAAUAAAAAGUAAAUUGUUCUAGAGUCCUUAAUCAGGAUAAAAUCGGACUCUCAGUAACGUAUUUUGAAUACUUAAUAUUGUGAUACUAUUUAUGUAUCAGCUGUAUGUUUACGUCAUGUUGGAUUUUCAUCAGUUUUUAGUGAUAUGUCUUUAACACUUUACACUAAAAUAUAAACCACCAGGAAAAUAAAUACAUGAACAGUUAGGAGUGAUAAAAUAAACAACUCAGAAUAAUGUGCUACUGUAUUUCCCGCUGGAUAUACAUUUUUUGAUUUUAAGAGUGAAAGGUUGUUAAAGAACAUAGAGGGAAAAAGUUGAAUCUUUACAAACAAAAGUUAUAUUAUGUUGAGAUCAAGUAGUAAAUUCAUAAAAAGUAUUAAUAUUAAAAAUAAAGAACAAUUGUGAUAUUAGUCACUAACGACUUUUAGUUUAAAAAAUACAAUUAAAAUUCGACAUUUUAUUAUGUUAUAAUAAAUUAUAAUUAUAAAUUAAUUUGAAAAUAUUACAACUUUCCUUUGAAAUGUACUAAUAUAUAUGAUAAGUAUUAUUGUUUUUUCUUGACUUUCACAGUGAACUAAUAUUUUCAUAUAACAAGUCAUAUAUCAGUUUGAGUUUAUAAGCCAAAUUUAUAUCUUUAAAUCAAUUAUUAAGUGAAAUAUAAUGGAUACAACAAGAAAUAAAAUUCAAAUAAAACAAAAGUAUUCCUAACAUUUCAUGCUAUUUUUUAUUUUCCUGGACUGAAUGUUUUAUCACGCUGAUAUUGUAUGUUUUAAUAAUUAAUAUUUUUUACAGAUGUUUUUAUAGAUUUAUUUUAUGUAUUUUUUCAACUUUAUUGAGACAGUAUUCAUGAGCUCAGAGUGUUUCUAUCGGUGUGAUAGUACAGCGUAAAACAGUGUUUCAUUGUGAGCUGUUGUAAACAUCCUGGACAUUAAUCUGAGACUUUAGCACCAGUUUCUGUUUGUCUGUCUGUAACUUUAUGUGUUAUUAAAGUGUAUCAUGCAGUA